UAAAGAAGCGGGCGGCGCGACGGGGGCGGCUCUUUCCUGGGUGGGGUUUGUGGAGUCGUGGCCCGUUAGCAGGAAGCCGAGCAGUCGCCCCGACUCUAGCGAGGCACCCAAUCCGAGCCCCCAACUCCCAGAGUCCCAGCCGUGUGUACUGCGUGCUCAGCGCCGCCCAACAGCUCCCAGCGAAACUUCGCCAACUCAGCCGACUUUGCCACCACCAUGCCCAAGACGAUCAAUGUGCGUGUGACCACCAUGGAUGCAGAGCUGGAGUUUGCCAUCCAGCCCAACACCACUGGGAAACAGCUGUUUGACCAGGUGGUGAAGACUAUUGGCCUGAGGGAAGUCUGGUUCUUUGGUCUGCAAUACCAAGAUACUAAGGGUUUCUCCACUUGGCUGAAACUCAAUAAGAAGGUGACUGCCCAGGAUGUACGUAAGGAAAGUCCCCUGCUCUUCAAGUUUCGGGCCAAGUUCUACCCUGAAGAUGUAUCUGAGGAAUUGAUCCAGGAUAUCACACAGCGCCUGUUCUUCCUGCAAGUGAAGGAGGGGAUUCUCAAUGAUGACAUUUACUGUCCACCUGAGACUGCCGUUCUGCUGGCCUCCUAUGCUGUCCAGUCCAAGUAUGGUGAUUUCAAUAAGGAGGUGCACAAGUCUGGCUAUUUGGCUGGGGACAAGUUACUGCCACAGAGGGUCCUGGAGCAGCACAAACUCAACAAGGACCAGUGGGAGGAGCGGAUCCAGGUGUGGCAUGAGGAACACAGGGGCAUGCUCAGGGAGGAUGCUGUCCUAGAGUAUCUGAAGAUUGCCCAAGACCUGGAAAUGUAUGGUGUAAACUACUUUAGCAUCAAGAACAAGAAAGGUUCAGAGCUGUGGCUGGGGGUGGAUGCCCUGGGUCUCAACAUCUAUGAGCAGAACGACAGACUGACACCCAAGAUAGGCUUUCCCUGGAGUGAAAUCAGGAACAUCUCUUUCAAUGACAAGAAAUUUGUAAUCAAGCCCAUUGACAAAAAAUCCCCGGACUUUGUCUUCUAUGCUCCCCGGCUGCGGAUUAACAAACGAAUUUUGGCCCUGUGCAUGGGGAAUCAUGAGCUAUACAUGCGUCGCCGCAAGCCUGACACAAUUGAAGUGCAGCAGAUGAAGGCACAGGCCCGGGAGGAGAAGCACCAGAAGCAGAUGGAGCGUGCUUUGCUGGAAAAUGAGAAGAAGAAGCGUGAGUUGGCAGAAAAGGAGAAGGAGAAGAUUGAACGGGAGAAGGAGGAACUGAUGGAGAGGUUGAAGCAGAUUGAGGAACAGACUAAGAAGGCUCAACAAGAAUUGGAAGAACAGACCCGCAGGGCUCUGGAACUUGAACAAGAGCAGAAGCGUGCCCAGAGUGAAGCUGAAAAACUGGCCAAGGAGCGUCAAGAAGCUGAAGAGGCCAAGGAGGCCCUAUUGCAGGCCUCUCGGGACCAGAAGAAGACCCAGGAACAGCUGGCCUUGGAAAUGGCAGAGCUUACAGCACGGAUCUCCCAGCUGGAGAUGGCCCGACAGAAGAAGGAGAGUGAGGCUGUGGAAUGGCAGCAGAAGGCUCAGAUGGCACAAGAGGACUUGGAGAAGACUCGUGCAGAGCUCAAGACGGCAAAGAGUACACCACAUGUGGCUGAGCCUGCUGAGAAUGAGCAGGAUGAACAGGAUGAGAAUGGGGCAGAGGCCAGUGCUGACCUGCGAGCUGAUGCCAUGGCCAAGGAUCGCAGUGAAGAGGAACGUACAACUGAGGCAGAGAAGAAUGAACGUGUGCAGAAGCACCUCAAGGCCCUUACUUCAGAGCUGGCCAAUGCCCGUGAUGAGUCCAAGAAGACUGCCAAUGACAUGAUCCAUGCUGAGAACAUGCGACUGGGCCGAGACAAAUAUAAGACCCUGCGCCAGAUUCGGCAGGGCAACACCAAGCAGCGCAUUGAUGAGUUUGAGUCCAUGUAAUGAACAACAAGCCUUUAGGGACCCCUCCUCCCAUCUUCCUUGCCUCCCCCCACUCCUAUACUCUCGCCUAACUCACACUGUGUUGGAGCCACUAACUGGAGCAGCCCUGGAGUCAUACCAAGCAUUCAGUGCAGUAAUGGGACCAAGCCUAGCCCCUUACUCACUUCCCUUGGCAGAGAAAUGGCCCACUGUGGUGUCAAUGGGACCCUCUUUUCACUCUCUGUCCUGUUCAAACUAGCUUUCUAGAAGUGACCACUUCCCAGCUUAGAGGAACUUCCCCUUUAAUUUGGGAAACACCCCCACAUUUGUUGUUCCAUGGGAGUCAGGUAUGAAGUUAACCCCUACCACUACUCUUCCACAGCCUUCCUCUUUGGAAUCCUUUGGUUUGCAGAGUUGGAUCAUCACAGGAUUUGAGGAAGGAGACAGGGUCGUGGCAGCAUACAACCAUAUGCUGUAGGAUGUCCAACUAACCUGGGAUUAGGCCUCCUUAUGUCCAUCCUUUCUAGAGUUAUUUAGUCUUUAAAAUAAUUGGAGGCUAAAAAGAUGAUCUGUCAUUUUUUCUACCUCCCAGAUUGGCCUGUUACAAACUUGAUUCCAAUAAGCCUUAUCUCUGAGUUUAGGGACUCAAUUUCUCCCCAGGGUGAGGUGGUGGACACAGUGCCUUCAAAGGCUUAACCAACAUCCUAGAAAGAUAUUGGGCCUUCUGUUCAUGCAAGGCUGUUUCAGAGAUUUUUCCCUAAUGCCUUAAGAGAGCCUAGUCCUGUUUCAAGUGAGCUCUAUUGGUAGAGGAAUCUCUUACUUAUUCUGGGGUUCUCCUAUCUAUGUGAUCUGCCCCUUCCAAUUCCAGUCGUCACAUUCCCUCUAACUACAGCAGUAAUGGAUGGUUACCCAAAAAGCGAAGCAGGCCCACCCAGGACUCUUGCCAAAGAGAGGUAAUCUUCAUAUCUGAUUACAUUAUUUUCCCUGCCAGAGAUCACAGUCCACUCUCCCAUUAGAGCUACUUGUGUCUCAGCUUCUGUUUCAAGACCAACCAGGCCUUGAUAUGGUGAGCCCUAGAGAUUGAUGCCAGUUAUUUCAACUGGGGUGGGGAGUGGGUAGAAGAAGCUGAGCAUGGUAAGAGAAGCCCAUGGCCAUGUUCCCAGUUUACAACUCCCUCAGGUGUCUAAUAACCCCUUCCUGUCACCCCUCUGUAAAGUGGUGACUGGACUCUGCUUCUCUUUGACAAACCUCUAACCCAGGUCUUGCCCUCAGCUGUGCUAUUCCCUAGAACUGUAGGCCAGAGAGCGUUGGAGACCCUGGCCUGGUCCCAUCCACACCCCCAUCCCUUGCUCUCAACCCAGAUGCAGUCUCUAUCUCAUGUGUGCUCUUUUUCUUUCCACCAGUAUUACGUAUUCCAGUGGCAUCUAACUCAACAUUGAUUUUUGCAUUUCUUGUUAAUUCACCUUUAGAAUAUAUUAGUCUUGGGGCAGGACCAUUUUGGCCUCAUUCCAUACCACUCCCACACCUGGGAAGCAUAUACUAUAUUAUAAAAUAAUAUUUUGCCAGAAACAUUAAUAUAAGAAGCUUUCAGUAUUUCGUGAUAUCACCUGUCACUAUAGGUCGUAACAAUCCAUCUGUUAAGUAUUUGGCUUUUGGUCUUAUUGUUUAUUUUUUGUUUUCUCCUUUGAGUUCAGUCCCCCAAAGGCCAUACUGUCCCUCCAUGUAGUGCCACCAGUCCAGAACCCACUGAGUUUGAUCCCUCCUAUCUUCCCACCCUGCCUGAUCUUGGGGAAUCUUGUGUGCAUUGCUGUGAAUUAUAUUGACACUCUUGGUAAUAUGCCCUAUAUUGGCUAAACUCAAACCUGGAAUUGUGGGGCAAUCUUAUUGCUUUAAAGACAGUAAUACAAAAACUGGGGAGGCUGGGGAGAAAGGUUAGUUUUUGUAUUCAGGGCUUUUUGUGUGUGUGUGUUGUGUGUGUAUUUUGGGGGGGUUUUAAAAGUUGUUUUUGGAGGGGUUUAUGCUCAACCCAUGUUCUGUUUCAUUGCCAAUAAAACUUAGGAAGACUUCACUAUGACUUGAGUUUUCUU